CAGUUACUCCUGUUCCAGUUGAUGGGGGCGCUCGUUCCUAUUCUGAAACUUAGACCGACGAAGAAGAAAAUCACCGGAAACUUUUAUGUGAGCACGCGGUGUGUCCGGCCUUUCCAACGAGGCGUCGAACAGGAACAUGGCCAAGAUCAAGGCACGAGAUCUGAGGGGUAAGAAGAAGGAAGAGCUGCUGAAGCAGCUGGAUGACCUCAAGAAUGAACUAUCUCAGCUACGUGUGGCCAAGGUCACUGGAGGAGCUGCUUCCAAGCUCUCAAAGAUCCGCGUUGUCCGCAAGUCCAUCGCUAGAGUCCUGACUGUCAUCAACCAGACGCAGAAGGAGAAUCUGAGGAAGUUCUACAAGGGUAAGAAGUACAAGCCCCUGGAUCUGAGGCCCAAGAAGACCAGAGCUCUGCGUCACCGGCUCAAAAAACACGAAGAGAGUCUGCGCACCAAGAAACGGCAGAAGAAAGACCUCCUCUACUCCGUGCGCAAAUUUGCCGUCAAAGCCUAGUGGCUUUUUCUAUUGACUUAAUAAAAUUGAUGUAAAAAUAC